AUGUCGUUACAUCAUGAUCCAGCCUGUGGAGUCAGUCCUGCAGAGGAACUGAGCCUGCAGCACCUGCCACUCCUGAGAGACGCGUUUACCUGUCACACUCUGUCAGACAAGGCACCCCGUCCAAAAGCCGGCCUGCAGAAACAGGAAAACAGACAGAAUGGACGGAGUGGAAGGAACCGAGGAGAAAGGGAAAAACAUGGGAUGAAUUUUGAGGAGUUCAAGCAGACUCUGAGCGCUGUUGUUGGUCCAGAUAUAGAGGCUGCCUGGGUGGAGAGGUUCUUCAGUGAGGUGGAUAUUGAUGGUGUGGGCCACGUGGACUGGCAGCAGCUGAGUUUCUAUCUGUAUCUGGAGUACACAGAGCGAUGCCACACAUCCAAACCCAGAGCUGCUCUCAUGGAUGCCCAACCACAUAUCAGACUCUGCUCUCACAACAAGCGGCAGCCAACUACUCGUGUGGUUGCAGUUCCCCAUCCUCCCCCACUGCGCUAUAUUACUGUCAGCAAGGGGGGGCACCUCACUGUCUGGAACAGCAGCCUGCACAUCAUCAAGACGCUGGAGCUGGCCGGGGACCCUGCAGAGGAAGUGGCUAACAGGAAGAGAUUCAGGGGUUGGACCACUGAUGCCGUCUACAUGGGCAACUUCCACAAGGUUGUCAUAGCAACCGACUGCAGGGACUUCCACUUUUUCAGUGUCUCCACGGCCAAAGUCUUUGAAGACGUCCACUUAUUUGGGUUUCGUGCUGUUCCGACUGCUCUUUGUUACUGGUAUGAUGUCCAGUCUCCAGAUCAACCCUCCCUCCUGAUAUGGGGGGAUGAAAAGGGAGGAGUCAACAUCAUGCGGUUCCUGAACCCCUCCAAGGGUCUGUUUGAAAGCUCCCUUAGGAGAGACAACAACAUGCAGAGGAUCUUUUUCCCAAGCCUUGGUGAACACUGCAAGCUGGUCUCUUACCGUCACAUCCCCAACAUCCACCAGGAGCCAAUCAACAGGGUGAUGUAUGAGCCCCAGACUGACCUCAUCGUGACAUCAUCAGAGAGCGACACCACCUCUGUGGUCCUGAUGGACGUGUCACUCAGGCAUGAGCCUUAUAUUUGGAGGAUUGAGCAGGGUGCCAGAUGCUUCGACUACAGCAGGGCUCUGCAGAUGGUGGUAACAGGAGGUUUUGACCGAGCAGUCAGACUUUGGAAUCGAUACGUGACAACCCGUUCUGUAGCUGCAUUUCUGGGUCAUCGCACCACUGUAUUGGAUGUUAUCAUCUAUCAACCUGCAGGGCAGAUCUUCAGCUACUCCAAAGAUGCUGAGCUGAGGGUGUGGGACAUUUCCACCCAUCACUGUCUGAGGACUGUGCGCCUGCAGUUCCCCUGCUUGCAGCCAGGACGCAUCCCAGAUCAGGGCAACUUCCCCCUCCUGUUGUUAAGCCCUCCUCUUCCUGGACUGAGGCAGCCUCAAUUGCUGGUGGGCUGCAAAGAUUACUUAGCACUGCUGACUGUGGCUGAAAGACGGAGGGGAGGAUGGCGUAGUCCGGCGCUCUCCUGUGCUCUGUACAACCCCACCCUGAGGCAGGUGGUGACUGGAUAUGCUGACUCCUCCCUGUCCCUGUGGGAUGUGGCAACAGGAGGGAGGCGGCUAACAAUCUCCAAUGCUCAUGGAGAAAUGCCGCUCACCUGCAUGACACUAGACUCCUCCCACAGACGACUGAUCACUGGGGCACGCAAUGGCACUAUUAAGGUGUGGAACUUACUAAAUGGCCUUAACUUGCACAAGCUGGAGCCGGUCACUAACUCUGAGGUCACAGGGGUCACCUGUCUCCAUGACAACCACCUUCUGGCAGUGGGGUGGAGCCGGCAGAUAGCUCAGUACGACAUCACAGGUGCCAAGGAUGUGUAUGUGAAGGCAGACAUGUCGUGGAAGUCUGCCGGCGUCCACAGCUCAGACGUCCUGGCUGUGUGCCAGUGUCCUGCCCUGGGGGUCGUUGCCACGGCGAGCCAUGAUGGAGAGGUCAUCAUCUGGAGGCUGGAGACACAAGCACCGCUGCUCCGCCUACACAGAGACACACAGCCAGGGGUGGCGCCCCCUGUGGACUGCCUCUUGUUCCUGCAGCACAGAGCGGCCAACAGAAAGUUGAGGCACAGGGCUGUCCUGGUCUCAUCGCAGGCUGGCUACCUCUGCUUUUGGAGCAUCACUGGAGACACACACAGUUAUGGCCAGGUUUAUGCCCCAGACCAGGCAGGGGAGCGCGUGCUGGGCCUGAGCUCAGACCAGCCUGAAAACAGUAUCCUAGUCUCAGGAGACACAACAGGCCAGCUUCAGAUCUGGGACAUCUCACACUAUGCUCUAGACACCAUGCCAAAGCCAGUCUGUGAGCGGCCUCCUCUCCUGCACAGCUGGAAGGUUCCUGGGGGGGCGCUGGUCAGUGUGGAGGUCUUUGGCUUGGCCGACAGCCUCUUCCUCCUCACGGCCUCGGCUGAUGGCUCGGCCGGACUGUGGACACAGCAUGGGGACCUUGUCGGCUCCUUUGGACAGGAAGUGAGGUGGAACAUCACUGACCCAGCGACUUACCAGCGGAAGGUAGUUUUGCGCCGUGAGACAAGGGGUGUGUUUGGUGACGUCGACCUCAGUAAGCUGCUCAUAGCUGACGGAGAGUGCGCUCCACAUCAGGCUCUGGUCCUGCAGCAGGAGUUGAAUCCACCCGAGGAUUUACCCACAAGCCUCUGGAUGUGGUAUCAGAGUUUGACCAGUGGCGCUCAGCUUGGCUCCCUGCAGACGUCAAGAGGAAAAGUGAGCCGCAUGGCCGACCAGACAUAG